CAACCAACCCGCCCGCCGUACAGUACAAGAGGGCAAUACUUUCCCUUCCACCCCAAAUCUGCGACGGCGUGUGAGCUGGGAUUUUCUCCUUCUCUGCACAUACCUUGGGACAGAUACAUCCGCGGUACUCCUUAUUGCGCCAAGAUGCCUUCCUCGACCGCAGACAACCUGGGCGCUCCCACCACCCAUCCGUUUACAUGCAACACCUGCCAGGUAGCGUUUCGGAGCAGCGAUGCCCAGAGAACGCAUAUGCGAAGCGACUGGCACCGAUACAACCUGAAGCGUCGAGUAGCAUCUCUCCCUCCCUUGUCCUCAGAGACCUUUGCGGAAAAGGUUCUCAGCGUCCAGGCUUCUAAUUCAGCGGCGGCGGCUAGAGCGACGUUUGAGAAGACCUGCACUGCGUGCCAGAAGACAUACUAUAGCGAGAAUGCCUUUAUAAAUCAUAUGGGAAGUCAAAAGCACAGGUUGAAGGAAGCGCUGCUGAGGAAAAACGGAGGCCAUCUGGACGACUCGGCGUCCGUGGUUAGUGGUGCAUUCUCGAUGGGAGAGCCUAUAAAUGUGCCUCCGAACGUAGUCUCUCCAGAAACUAUUGUCGAAGAAGAGUUCUCGGCUAUUGUCGACGGAAUGAAAGACACUUCCAUAGAUGCCAAAGAUCCUGUAGCGGGACGGCCACACCGGCCCAGCCAAUCUCGAUCCAGCGAUUCCCGCCGACCGUCGGUUUCCACUAAGAUGGAAAUCGAUGCAGUGACUGUCUCCCGAUGCCUUUUCUGCAAUUAUGAUUCCUCCGACAUCAACGAAAACGUUUCCCAUAUGCAUAAAUCGCAUGGAAUGUUUAUUCCUGAGCAAGACUACUUAGUUGAUUUAGAGGGCCUGAUCAAAUACCUUCAAGCCAAGGUUAUGCAAAACAACGAGUGCUUGUACUGCCAUAAAUUGAAGACGACGACACCUGGCAUUCAGACACAUAUGAGAGACAAGGGUCAUUGCAUGAUUGCAUUUGAAUCCGAGGAAGAGAUGAUUGAGAUCGGCCAGUUCUACGACUUCACAAGCACAUAUUCGGACGAUGAAGAAGAAGAAUAUUCAGAUAGGCGUCGGGAUGGCGCGGUCGAUGGAAGUGCUGAGGAAGAUGAUGGUUGGGAAACCGAUACCUCUGCCUCAUCUCUUGACUCUGCCGAGUUGGGCGCUGUACCGAUCGAUGACUACUCACAUCAGUACUCGAAGCUUUCGAAACAUAAACAUCACUCCCAUGAGCCGCGUUCUCAUCGCAAUCUAGAUGGUUUCCAUUCACAUGCACACGAGCACACGCGCGCGGUUUUUUACUCUGAUUAUGAGCUGCAUCUGCCUUCCGGCCGGACCGCUGGCCACCGUGCCCUUGCCAAAUACUACAGGCAAAACCUUCGUGAUUAUCCAACCCCAGAAGAGCGCUUCUCGCGGCAACAGGCCAUAGAGGCAGCGCCUUCGGGUGAGACCCAAGAGGGGGAGACGGAGGCCGCCUUCCAGAACAAAAAUCGGGCAUUGAUCUCGAGGGCAAAUGGAGGUAUUGGAAUGCUUGGAGCUACUGCAAGUCAAAAGCAAGAAGUCCGGGCUGCGGAAGUGAGAGAUCGGAAACGGGAACAAAGGUCUGAGCGCGCGUUCCAAUGGGCUGUUUCAAAGAGGGCCAACCACCAGAAACACUUCAGGGAUCAUCUUCUCCAGUGAUCGCUUUACAUUAGCCCUAUAGGUGCUAUUGUGUACUGUGACUGGGAAGUCCGAUGGCCAUUUGAGGAGGGUUUUACAGUUUUUUUUCUUUCUCCCUGUCUGGUUUGCAGAUACUUUUGAGACAUGUUUAACUU